CUGUGGCUUGCUUAUGUCAAAAAGAGAACGGGAAAAUGGUGUUUGUUUGUUCCUUUGAAUAAACAAUUUACAAAAAGGUUAAAAUUUAAAAUGAUAUCGUGGUGUUUUAAUUUUAAUACUUUUAUGGUGACUGUAUAGAGCUUCUUGCGGUUAUAACUUUAUCAGGUUAUUUGAUCUGCGCUCAAGAUAUUGAAGCUCUACCAUAAAAUGCAAGGAGAUGACCCUCCCUUCUUGCCUGUGGGCACUGAUGUCAGUGCUAAGUAUAAAGGUGCCUUUUGUGAAGCGAAAAUCAAGAAAGUAGUAAGGAAUAUAAAGUGCAAGGUGACACCAAAAGCUGGUGGUGGAUCCAUCACGGUAAACGAUGAUGUAAUCAAAGGCACCCUUCGUGUGGGCAGUACAGUUGAGGUGAAACAAGACCCCAAGAAAGAGGUCAUGGAAGCUAUAAUCACCAAGAUUCAAGACUGCAGCCAGUAUACUGUUGUGUUUGAUGAUGGAGACAUAACCACACUACGGAGGUCAGCGUUGUGUCUCAAGAGUGGUCGCCAUUUUAAUGAAAGUGAGACAUUAGACCAGCUACCUCUGACACAUCCAGAACAUUUCUCGACGCCUGUUAUAGCUGGACGUCGAGGCCGAAGAGGCAGAGCCCAGUCGGACGAAAGUGAAGGCGAGGGUCCCAGUCGACGGGUCAAAGAGAACAGUGCAGAGAGAGAGCCUCACGUAGGCCGCGUGGUGUUAGUAGAAGCCGCUAGCGGGGCGGAACGGAGGAGGCCGCAUCAGCCAGCCUUCCCUGCCCUGGUAGUGGCGCCCACUGCGCAAAUCAAGGUCAAGGAGGACUACCUGGUGCGCUCCUUCAAGGACGGCAGAUAUUACACGGUGCCUAAGAAAGAAGCUCGUGAAUUUCGCAAAGGCAGUGCUCCAUUAGAGUGGGCGGGCGUGGAGGCAGCCCUGCAGUACCUCAACAACGGGGUGUUGCCCCCCCAUUGGGACAGAGAUGCGCUCUUUAACGAACCCAGGAACACUUCUGAUGACAGUUCAGAUGACGAACCGCGUGAAGAGAAAGACCACUUCGUAGCGCAACUAUAUAAGUUUAUGGAUGACCGCGGGACUCCCCUUAACAGGAAUCCAACCAUUGCAAACAGGGAUAUUGACCUAUAUAGACUAUUCAGAGUCGUGCAAAAGCUUGGAGGGUACAACAGAGUCACCAACCAAAAUCAAUGGAAAACUAUUGCUGGCAAGAUGGGAUUCCAUCCCGUCACUACGAGUAUUACGAAUCUUUGCAAGCAAGCUUAUAAGAAGUUCCUGCACAGCUUCGAGGACUUCUACCGCAAGUUGGGCGUGACAUUAGUGGCGCACCCUCGUGGGGCUCGCACUCCUCCCGCGGGCCGAUCCCUCAUACGAGACCGUGACAAGCAGCCGCCCACGUCCUCGUCCGCGUCCUCCACGCCCACCGGCACUCCCACACAGCGUAUCAAGGAUAAAGACUCUGACAAAAGUGAAACAGACAAAAGCGAGAAGAGCGAGAAGGAUGAGAAAAUUGAGAAAUCCGACAAACAGAAGGAGAAACCGCGUACCAGCGACGGUGAGGAUAGCGCGGACAACCAACCACUUAUAGUCACCACAGCUGCACCAAAAGUUGAGAAGGAUAAAGAAAAGGAAAAAGAGCCAGAGAAAGAUAAAGACAAGGAAAAGGAGAAAGAAAAGGAGAGAGAGAAAGAAAAAGACAAGGAAAAGGAGAAAGAGAAAGAGAGGGAGAAGGAGAAGGAAAAAGAGAAGGAGAAACCUGCGUUGCCCAUCGAAGACAAGAGUGUUGUGAAACCGCGCUCCCAGUCGAAAACGCGCUCUAUACCGCCGAUUAAGCUGGAGUCCCGUGAUAAGCGCACGCCUAAGCGGAGACCACUGUCGUCCAAGAGCGAAAGUGUGAGCGCGAAUACAUCGCGUGCAUCUCGCCGCCCGCACGCUUCCACUGAUAGCGACAGUUCGGGACGGGCGUCCAGAUGCGGGCUAACGAAAAAACUGCAAAGUCGGCGCAGUCAAAGCGCCAAUUCGGCUAGUAGCGGCAACACUAUUGCUUCCAACAGCAGUAAACGGCCGAGGAAAAGGAAAAACACUGAGCCAUCUACGAGUGAGCCUACACGUUCUGUCGUGACGAACUUGAAAGCCCAAGUUGGUGACAAACUAAAAGUUUACUAUGGACCGACGCAGUCUGAGUCAAAGUUUGAAAAAAUUCGGCAGGUGACGUACGAAGCGAAGGUGAUAGAGGUAUCGGCGGAGGGCUUGCUUCGGGUUCAUUAUACCGGGUGGAACAACCGCUACGAUGAGUGGAUCAAACCGCAACGUAUAGCUCUUAACGUCACUCAACACGAAGCGCGCAAUAAAAAGAAUACGGGCAGCAGUCGGCGCGUGAGACCUAAAAGAACUGAAGAAUCUUCAGCUCGGUCGGAUUCCGACAGCGACUCUGACAGCGAUGAAAGUGUUAAGAGACCACCAAAGAAAUUGGAUGAGAAAAGUAAAUCCAAAACUCCGUCUAGAUCUAAAGACGCAAAAUCUAGCGACAGUAGCAGCUCGAGCAAACCUCGCAAGAGGCCCGUGAGAAACAUAUCUACUCCCACUAAUGUAACGCCAGCCAAGAAAAUGCGCCCAUCUACUUCCGGAGGACAUCAAGGUCGCGAUUACGAUCUCAAUGAAAUCAGAUCAGAGCUGAAAGGAUUAAAAACGGUCAAACAAGAACCAGAAGAGCUGAAACAAGAAACUCCUGACAAGGAGACCAUUCCCCCGUCACAAGCAUCAGCUCCUCCACCGGAACCCCCUCAACCGGACAAGCAACCUGAAGACGUUUAUGAAUUCAAGGAGCCGGAACCUUUUGAAUUAGAACUGCACGAUGAGAAGAAGAAACGAACACAUCGUAUCUUUGACGAUAUAUCCCCCAGUAAAUACACUUCUACCCUAUCCAAGUCACUGAGUGAAGAAAUAUCAGAAGAUCCGUUAAGACCGCGACCUUCGACACAUAGGUCGCCGUCGCUAUCGCCGUUCAGAGAUUUCGGAACGACUCGAGACGUCCCGGAUCAGCAGAGCCCGGAAGAUGACUCGAAAGAUGGCUUGUUCUCGUUGGAUGAUGAUUCGUUCCCUGGCGAUGGCAGUUCUGGACCUAUUUUCGAAGGCUUUACCCCGGCAAAGAACCAAGAGACCUAUUCUAAAAAGAGUAAAGUGUCAAAACUGAGAGAGUUGAUUGAUGAUUCCCCAGAUAGUCCCGCCGACGACGAACAAUCAUCGGAAGAUGAAUCGGAGGACAUUACAAUGAAAGACGAAGACGAGGAAAGUAAAUCUAGUUCUGUCGCACCUCUCGCGGAACUUCCCAAGUCGCCAAAACAAGAAGUGGAACCAGAGGAGAAAACUGCUGCGCCAGAACCAGAGAAACCAGAGAUUGAAACCAUUGAGGAAAUGAAAGAAGAAAUAAAAGCACCGUCACCUGAACCUCCUAAAACUCCUCCGCCUAAAACAAUCGAGCUUCCAAAUACAACUAUCAUUCCCAUUUCUAAUAUCGACAUUGUUGUAGAGAAGAAACCUGAACAAAUAAUAAUUCUGGAGCCACCUUGUGAUGACUCCCCUAAACUUCUAUCUAUUCCUCUACCUCCAACAGAGCCUAAAGAAAAUAUUCUCAGAGUCAUUAUUGAAAAAAUUGAGCCCAAAUCGGAUCCUGAACCCAGUGUUUCCUCGAAAAUAGAGCCACCUUCUAGUCCUCUCAUAGACACGGAAGAAGACAAGUCAGAGCCAGAUAGUCCAGCUAGAAUCGACGUGUUGCCAGAACCUCCACCAGGUUUCUUAUUACAAUCGGAGGGACCUAAAAUAGCUGAGAAGCUUCUGAAAGCUAUCAACAGCGCCAAAAGACUUUCCAUGUCUCCACCUCCUUUGGAAGAUCGUCCUCUUACACCCAAAAAGGAUACAUUGAAAGUCAAUAAUCCUGAAGGCAAAGUAUCACCAAUUGCCAUUGAAUUGAAAACGAACUUAAUAAAGAUAGAACCUAUUAAACCUCCGCCUAAAAUAGUGGAGCCAGUAAAGAAGUUUGGUGUUACCGACUUAGGAGAUUCAAUAUUUGGCGAGCCGUCGAAUUUAACAGACGUCAAACGUGACUUGACCGAUAUAAAAAAAGUGAAACCGAAAGAGCCCACGCCUCCGAGACUACAGAGCCCGUUGAGUAUAUUGGAGCGACGGAAGAGCGUCUGCGAUUUGCCCCUCAGCAAUCCUGGGAAGAACAAUAAAGUGCUAAGCGACACCAUACAGAAACUUUCGAGUCAGAUCAACCAGUCUGCGGCCACGGUGGCUGCCAACAUACCCUUGCCGCCGUUCCCGCACGAAGACAGGAGUGAAUCUAGCGAUUCCGAUGAUUCCGACAGAAGGUUGAUAAUUGACAAGCUGUCAGUAGACGAGUGGGGUAGUGGCGGCAGCUCAGAGGCAUCUCGCAGCAACGCAGCGUUAGCCGGCACCGUGCCGAGCGUUACUGCGCUUACUCAGGGCGCUCGCUCGCUGCACGCGGGCAAGUCGCCGGGCGAGUGGAGCGCGGGCGAGUCGCUGCUCAUGCUUGAGGACGCGUGCAAGAACGAAAGGAAGCACAGCGCGAGCGUGGUAGUAGCGGGCAGCGGUCGCGUGGGAGCCGGCAACAACGCAGUGGCUUGUACUAGCGGAGCGCUAGUGGUCGCGGGCAGCGCGCCCGUGGCCGCGGCAGAGGAGGACAGCAACAUAUCGCUGUUGCUGUGCGAGGAGACCAUACCUGGCUCCCCGGCGCCUGACAGUGAGCCGGCACCGCCCAGGCAGCGCUUGCACAUGCCGUUUGCGUGCGCGCCACCUCACCACUCGCACUCCAAAGAAGAGCGGCGAGGGGAGGGCGCGUCUGGGUCGCGGGCGAUAGCGGGAGCGGGCGCGGAGGCGGUUGUUGCCGGGGCGGGAGCGGGCGCGGGGGGAGGGGGCGGGGGAGGAUGGGUGCGCCGGCACGCUCUAUUGGACAACACGCCGCCCACCACGCCCGACAGCAGCCUCGACAUGUCGCCUCACAGGGAGCGUCGAAUAUCAGAACGCGACAGUCCUUCAGAGCGUAAAGACGAUGAAGACGAAGGACGUCCAAAUAACAUAUCUCCUCAUGAAAUUGAUAAACCGCAAGGGUCGCGGUCACGCAAAGCGUCGGAGAGCUCCGCGUGCGCAGGUUCCGGUGGCGCGGGCGCAUUGGCCGGGGCCGGUGGGGCCGCGGGGGCCGGCGGGGCGGGCCGCGGCAGGAGCAGGCGCGCGCGCCGCGACACCGACGACCAGCACAACGCGCACGCGCACGGGCACGGGCACGCGCACAACCCCGCCAACAAGUACAACUUCUACGUGGAGCUGGAUCCAUCGUGGGACUGUCCGACGCGCAUCAACGUACUGACGUCACGCCUGGCGGAUCUGCGCAAGGCGUACCACUCGGUGAAGGCAGAGUUGGCUGCCAUCGACCGCCGCCGCAAGAAGCUGCGCCGCAAGGAGAGGGAGGCUGUGAAGGCUGCAAAGGCCGCGUGCUCAUGAUGAAGGUUGUUCUAGGCCGCUCCAAAGCGGCGCGCGACGGAUCUCAGGGGUUCCAACCGGCCGUUCAUUCGUUUUAGAAUGAAUUAGUGCAUCACAUUAGUUACCUUGUGAUCAUCUAAUUACUUUGUGGCUUGGUAUAAUACAAAUAGCUAAGAUGCAACCAGUCUUCAAUAUGUAUUAGAUUGUAGAUAUUUAAGGAUUUUAUCUUUUAUGUACACAAAUAUCGAAUUAUUUUUGUUUCUUGUUUUAUACACGUGUAUAUAAAUCGACUUAGUAAAAUAGUAAAAUUUUAUUACAUUAUUUUAUGAUGAACAUUAUUACUGUAUAUAUAUUUCUUUCCUGUCUCUCGAUGAUAAAAUUAUGACAGCUACAAUCUCAUCAACAUUUUUCUGGUUAUUUAAUAAAUUGUCGAAUCUACUUUUGCUCUCGUCUAUUAAAUCUUCAUAUUUUGAUUCAGGUUGAAAUGACAGAUAAAUUACUCUUUAAAAAAUCUGUUGUAACUAUCUGUAUUGUUAAGUAAUAACUUUAAAUUUAUAAAUAUAUUAUGGGCAAUCAAUAAAGAAAAUAAUUCAUUGUUGUCUCUAUAUUAGCUUAAACAAACUGCCACUGUGUCGAAAAGUAUAAUAUGAGCAGUAUCUCAGUUUAGCACAUACGCGCUCGCUGAUCAAGACUGAAGAAUGAGAAAUAAUUACAAAAAAGUAAUGUGACAACUAUAUUUAUUUCCCAAAGCAUGAAAUUUUUCAGAGUUAUUAUAAAGGUUUUAAUAAACAUUCUUCACGAUAUCAUUGCUUUUUAUUUUUUCAAUUUUACCGUCAAGACACUCCUUAUUAAUAACUUAGAAUAACUAAGAAUGUUCUCACAAAAUUCAUAGAUUGAAUACAUAACAUUCAAGUCACUUACACGUAAAAAAUAUAAUCUGCAAUUGCCGAAUUCUUAAAAUUAGUUUUGCUGAAAUUCAAGAGCGUGGAAACGUUUGUGUACUUCAAAGGUACCCGUGGUCUACGUGUUAAAGGUGGGUUAGUAGUAGUUGGGGUAUUGUGGCCAGGGUGCGUGAUGCUGGUAGGGCCCGGGGGGUUGCUGGUAGCCCCAGGGGGGUUGGUAGGGCUGCGCGUAGGACUGCUCGUAAGACUGCGCCGUGGCUGCCGGCGUUUGGUAGUAAGAACUGGCUGCUGUAGUAGUGGCGGCGCUCGCACUAGUACCGUCCUUCUUCUUAGACGCGUCACUUGAUGCGGAGCUGGAAAUAUAUGAACGUUUAUUAUAUUUUUGAUGUGUAACAUCUUUCCUCUCGCUUUCCUGCAAUUUGUGGGAGUGACUUCGUGAAAUGGGACGGAAGUGUAACAGGAAGUCACGAAAGCGCGCGCUAUUUUAUAUGAUUUUAGAACAAUGUUCAAAUGGCUUAUUCCUUUUGUAGUAGGUUUAAUUUCUUUUUUAAUAAUAUAUGGUGAGAUUUCAAAUGUUACACAUCAUACGCGACUACUAUAAGGCUCGCUGGUUUUUUUUUUAUUUAGCACAGGGUUAUUAUCCUUGCGUGAAAAUCAGGGUAUUCAAUCUUUCAUGUACAUACUGUUGUCAAGCAAGAAACUUAUUAGGUAUUUAUUUUAAUUUAAGGCAUUUAACUGCUACGUGUGUAUAAAGAAAAUUUUAUUAGAAAAAUUCCCCGUGGUCCAGGCAGCAGACGGGAUAUAUAUAUACGUUUAUCGCAAAACAAAAGUUAAAUUAAAUUUUAUAGGUAAUUAAUCAUUACCGUAAGUGAGGGUUACUUUAGCUCGGGCGGGUAACUUUGUCCCAAAUCAGAAAAAAUAUUGAACUUGCCGCCCCAUCAGUAUCUCUUGGGUGACCGUAAUAGUUCCAGUUAAAAAUCACAGAUAGCCAUAUAGGCGCGUAGUGUGGUGUUGUUUUACCGACAUCGUUCCUGUAUCAAGUUGUCAUUGUAACGCGGGAUUUUUUGUAACUGAAAUAAUUCGCAAGUUCAUGCGCAAACUUUCUCAAAACUGUGGUUUUUGGUAAGUUUACUAUUUUUUCUAAAUUUAAAGUUAUUUUUGGGCAAAAAUAUCCAUUUGUGUAUUCAGUAUGCUAAUGGUGAUCUGUUAUAAGUGUUACUUAACCCCAACAUGGCUUAAAAUGAGUUUUUUUUCACAGAGAAAACUCAACGAGCUAAAGUAACCCUCUUUAAGGCCAACUUUGGCCCAAAAUUUAAAAAAUAAUUAUUAACCUUAAAUAUUAUUUUUUCCUAAUUUCGUAUGAUAACUUUGUAACUUAUACUUUAAAGUUCACAAUGGAAAGAUAUAAACGUGACAUAUUCAUAACAAAGAGAAGCCACAAAUUUUUUUGAAAAAAAAGUGCACAUUUUAGGUCAAAGUAACCCGCAGUUACUCGGUACUUAAUUUUUUUUUUUAAGAUUUAAUUAAGUUUUUAAGUAUGAACAUUUAAUAAAUACAACCAGCAUUGCUCAGAUCAGACGUCACAUGGUUACGUGCAUUAAAGGGGUCCUUUCCGUCCUCUCGCAAGUGCACCCGCGAACGUUAUGAUGCGGAGUUGAAGUAAUGAGCACAUAUUCGUAGAAGUCCACUAAAAUAAAGAUAAGUAACUGAGCGAAGCGUACCCUAUUGAUCUGAUCCCGGGUGGCUCUAGUGAGAGCUGAAUCUCGCGCUACUGUAUAGUGCUAUUCAAACUUUAUGGCGGUUGUGUAGUUAUCAACAACAAUGCGCAGGUGUCAGUUCAGUGAUAUCUAGUAUCUAGAGUGAUAUAUAUCCUGUGCGCACCAAUUAACCCUACAUUUCAUUAACUGCACCUAAUUAAGUUUGACACUAAGAACUCACGAAGCUAUUUUUGACGGCGCUCGCCACGGCUACAGACCGCAACUCGCGUAGAAUGUAAAAUUUUACGUGAAACAUAAUUCCAAAAUUAAUGGCGAGAUAUAAGCCUGCUGAGUGCGCUAUUGUUUGCGGCACCCGCAACACCAGCGGGCACGUGCGGGACCCGAUCUCCCACAAACGCGGUCUUCAUCCGAUAUUCUCUGGUUAAGUUUACGAGCGAUCUCGCGACGGCUGCAAGACUUAAACGAUGGCCGUUGAAACAUGGUUCCAAACCCAUACAGUUAAACUACAAUACAAACGCGAUACGUAUACAGACAAUACAAAAUAUGUACUUUGAACAAUUAAGUAUCUCCAAAUCAUUGGGUAAGAUAAUGUUAAAUGGAAAUCCCAUGAUCGGCGUGUUGAUCGCGAUUUUUUCGCCCCGCCCACUUCAAUUAUUAAACCAGUUUUUAGCGCAGUUCGUAUCGUAUACCAGUCCUUUCUGAUUCAUUGACUCAACCGCACAUAACUGCGGUCCCGGGAGUAAUGAAAUAAACAAAAUUUCUCUGCGGUCGGCCAGCAAAACCGCUUGGAGUUAGCUUGGGGUCAUAACACAGGUUUUGUAACCUAGUACAAUUUCCAGCUCUCUCAAAGAACUGCAUUGUUUUUACUGUUAUUGUCAUUCAAUACCCUAUUACCUAAUUAAAAUGUCACUUUGUGACUUUGUGAGAGAAAAUAAAUCAUUAAUUUUUUUACACCAAUUAGCCUAGCCCCAAAGUAAGCAUUGUAUGCGGCUUGUGUUAUGGGAUGCUAGGGUAACGGAUAGAAUACAUAUACUGUACAUAUAUAAGUAUAAUUAUAUAGAAAUACAUAUUAAACAUCCAUGACUGGAGUACAAACGCUCGUCGUAUUCAUCACACAAACAUCUGGCCCCACCGGGAUUCGAACCCGGGACCUCCCCAGUCGGCUACACCAUGAAACCCGGCGUAUAAACCACUCGGCCACGGAGGUCGUCAUUUAUUCAUUCAUUGUACCUGGGCGGGGGCGGGGGUUCGUGCUUGUCCUUGCGCGCCCGCUUGCGCAUGUGCUUGGCGAGCGCGCGCGCGUGCUGGUGAGCCCUGCGCGCCGCGCCCGCGUCCCCGAGCUCCUCCGCCAGCUCGCGGCGGCGCCACGCCAUCGCCGCCGAUACCUCCACCUCGGCGCCCUCCUCGCGCUCGUACGAACCGACCAGUUCUGAGACAAACAAAUACUUAAUUAUAAUCAUUUAUUUAUACAUUUAAUAAAAUGGUAGGAAAGUCAAAACUGUACAUUGAAUAUUUAUUUAAAAUAAUACUUGGGGUGUGAUCUACAAUCGAUACCGAAGCCAAAAAUAUAGUUUUUAGAAUUUUUGUCUGUUUGUCUGUAUGUAUGUCCGGGAUAAACUGAAAAAGUACUGCAUGGGUUUACUUCAAAUUGGGCACGAAUAUUAUUAAGAAGUCGGGUCAACAUAAAGGCUACAUAUUAUCAUGCUAUCACCUACGGGAUACGAGCAGUGAACCUUUAUUUUACUAACUCCGCGCGUACGAAGUCGCGGGCGGGCGCUAGUUUCGUUAACAAUAAUAAAACGAAAAAUAAUGAAUUUUAAAAAUAAAUAGUUAUUCAAUGUUAUAAAAAAUAUAUUAAUCAGUCCAAUUAAUGCAAGGAUUUAUCAUUAAAAAAAUAUUAUAUCCACGAAGAAAAAAAAAUUAAAAACAAUAAGAACUACAGUGAUGUCGAUUCUGGUAAGCUACUCUUUUAAAACUGAAUUUGACAUCAGUCUCUUCUUUUCAUCCGGUAUAGAGAAUGACAGGGAUACACUGUUGUCAAAUUUUCAGAAGGAAAAAUUUUCAUUUUUCACAAUAAAUACGUCCUUAUGCCAGCACUUCACUUGGCUAUUUGUAAAUGAUGAUAUCAGUCUGCCCUUUUCAUUCCUUGUAAAGCACGAUAAAGAUAGACUAUUGUCAAGUUUACAAACAGCCAAUACAAAUAGUCAAGUGAAGUGUCGGCAUCAUCAAAAGAAAAGAAACACGACACAAACCUUCCAGUUCCGCAUAAGCGACGC